AUGCUUAGUGCCUCACUGCAAGCGUUUUAUACUAUAUACACAGCGGUUCUGCUCUUCCUUACCCAACAGCUUGCAAUUUCGAGAACACUUGUAUGCCAUGUGAAACUGACUGCCAUUCAUGAUGUCUCUGGCGCAUGGGCGGGUCUUGGCUCUGCACUCAGCAGCGUCUGGCGACAAACUGACGUCCCCGCUGCAUGGUGGAUGACUUCUGCUGUGGCAGCCUACCUUGUGAGCAUAACCGUGCUGCAUGUCACCUCUUCCACUCUCCUACAAUUUCAACCUUUCCAACAUCUCUAUGACGACUUCCGUGCCAACAACACUAGGAUGGCUAAACGAUUCAUCUUAUGGUUCUUUCGCAAACCUGGGAUUUAUUACUCCAUCACUGCCGAUUGUCAAUCAUUUGAAUGGACUGGCAUCUGCAGGAUUAUCAAACACCACACUCUACGACACCUUCAACACAAACACUAUAGCAGGAAAUGCGACUGUGAAUGCGACGACGAUAACCUCGCGUUGCGGAUUGAUUCCAAAUCUAUCGUUCCAUUUGGGCCAGUUGCUUCUCACGUGUUUAAUGCGAGUGCUCUCUGGCCAGACCAGAUACAUAUGGUUCCGUGGGUAGAAUAUGAAGAUCCUUACAGUGAAGUCCCGGAGUGUAAGGCUGAUAAACGAGAGGACUUUGCUGACGGACUGAGUGCGUGA